UGUUGCUCUGGCCGUCUCUGUCUGUCUGCCAGGGUCUCCAGCUGCCCCAGACAGGCCGUGUGGUCUUGAGAUCCUCCUGGUGACCUUUUCAGCCUAGGUCCCCCCCAGCCACUCUGCCCCAAGAUGGGUCGUGGGGCAGGGCGUGAGUACUCGCCUGCCGCCACCACCGCGGAGAAUGGGGGUGGCAAGAAGAAACAGAAAGAGAAGGAGCUCGAUGAGCUGAAGAAGGAGGUUGCCAUGGAUGACCACAAGCUAUCCCUGGAUGAGCUGGGCCGAAAAUACCAAGUGGAUCUGUCCAAGGGCCUCACUAACCAGCGAGCUCAGGACAUCCUGGCUCGGGAUGGACCCAACGCCCUCACGCCACCCCCCACAACUCCUGAGUGGGUCAAGUUCUGUCGUCAGCUUUUUGGGGGCUUCUCUAUCCUUCUGUGGAUUGGGGCCCUCCUCUGCUUCCUAGCCUAUGGUAUCCUGGCCGCCAUGGAGGACGAACCAUCCAACGAUAAUUUAUACCUAGGUAUCGUGCUAGCAGCUGUGGUCAUCGUCACUGGCUGCUUCUCCUACUACCAGGAAGCCAAGAGCUCCAAGAUCAUGGACUCCUUCAAGAACAUGGUGCCUCAGCAAGCCCUGGUCAUCCGAGAGGGAGAGAAGAUGCAGAUCAAUGCGGAGGAGGUGGUGGUAGGAGACCUGGUAGAAGUGAAGGGUGGAGACCGUGUCCCUGCUGACCUCCGGAUCAUCUCUUCCCAUGGCUGCAAGGUGGACAACUCAUCCCUAACAGGGGAGUCGGAGCCCCAGACCCGUUCCCCUGAGUUCACCCAUGAGAACCCACUGGAAACCCGCAAUAUCUGUUUCUUCUCUACCAACUGUGUGGAAGGCACUGCCAGGGGCAUCGUGAUUGCCACAGGUGACCGGACAGUGAUGGGCCGCAUAGCCACUCUCGCCUCUGGCCUAGAGGUCGGGCAGACACCCAUAGCCAUGGAGAUCGAGCACUUCAUCCAGCUGAUCACAGGAGUGGCAGUGUUCCUGGGGGUCUCUUUCUUUGUGCUGUCCCUGAUCCUGGGCUACAGCUGGCUGGAGGCGGUCAUCUUCCUCAUCGGCAUCAUCGUAGCCAACGUGCCUGAAGGGCUUCUGGCCACUGUUACUGUGUGCCUGACACUGACAGCCAAGCGCAUGGCUCGGAAGAACUGCCUGGUGAAGAACCUGGAGGCGGUGGAGACGCUGGGCUCCACCUCCACCAUCUGCUCGGACAAGACGGGCACCCUCACCCAGAACCGCAUGACCGUGGCCCACAUGUGGUUUGACAACCAGAUCCACGAGGCUGACACCACUGAGGAUCAGUCUGGGGCCACUUUUGACAAACGGUCCCCGACGUGGACAGCCCUGUCUCGGAUUGCUGGUCUCUGCAAUCGUGCUGUAUUCAAAGCUGGGCAGGAGAACAUCUCUGUGUCUAAGCGGGACACAGCUGGUGAUGCCUCUGAGUCAGCUCUGCUCAAGUGCAUUGAGUUGUCCUGUGGCUCAGUGAGGAAGAUGAGGGACAGGAACCCUAAGGUGGCAGAAAUUCCCUUCAACUCUACCAACAAAUAUCAGCUGUCCAUCCAUGAGAGAGAAGACAGCCCCCAGAGCCAUGUGCUGGUGAUGAAAGGGGCCCCGGAGCGCAUCCUGGACCGAUGCUCUACCAUCCUAGUGCAGGGCAAGGAGAUCCCUCUUGACAAGGAGAUGCAAGAUGCCUUUCAAAACGCCUACAUGGAACUGGGAGGACUCGGGGAGCGCGUGCUCGGCUUCUGUCAGCUCAACCUGCCUUCUGGAAAGUUUCCUCGGGGCUUCAAAUUUGACACGGAUGAGCUGAACUUUCCCACAGAGAAGCUCUGUUUUGUGGGGCUCAUGUCCAUGAUUGAUCCGCCCAGGGCAGCUGUGCCAGAUGCUGUGGGCAAGUGCCGCAGCGCGGGCAUCAAGGUGAUCAUGGUGACUGGGGACCACCCUAUCACAGCCAAGGCCAUUGCCAAAGGUGUGGGCAUUAUAUCAGAGGGUAACGAGACCGUGGAGGACAUUGCAGCCCGGCUCAACAUUCCUGUGAGUCAAGUCAAUCCCAGAGAAGCCAAAGCAUGUGUCGUUCACGGGUCGGACCUGAAGGACAUGACGUCAGAGCAGCUGGAUGAAAUCCUCAGGGACCACACGGAGAUUGUGUUUGCCCGGACCUCCCCUCAGCAGAAGCUCAUCAUUGUGGAGGGGUGUCAGAGGCAGGGAGCCAUUGUAGCAGUGACUGGUGACGGGGUGAACGACUCCCCGGCGCUGAAGAAGGCUGACAUCGGCAUCGCCAUGGGCAUCUCUGGCUCUGAUGUCUCUAAGCAGGCAGCUGACAUGAUCCUUCUCGACGACAACUUUGCCUCCAUCGUGACAGGCGUGGAGGAGGGCCGCCUGAUCUUUGACAACUUGAAGAAGUCCAUCGCGUACACCCUGACCAGCAACAUCCCUGAGAUCACCCCCUUCCUGCUGUUCAUCAUUGCCAACAUCCCACUGCCCCUGGGCACUGUGACCAUCCUCUGCAUCGAUCUGGGCACAGAUAUGGUUCCCGCGAUCUCAUUAGCAUAUGAAGCCGCUGAGAGCGACAUCAUGAAGCGACAGCCACGAAACUCCCAGACUGACAAGCUGGUGAACGAGCGGCUUAUCAGCAUGGCCUACGGACAGAUCGGCAUGAUCCAGGCUCUGGGUGGCUUCUUCACCUACUUUGUGAUACUGGCAGAGAACGGUUUUCUGCCAUCACGGCUGCUGGGAAUCCGCCUUGACUGGGAUGAUCGGACUACCAAUGACCUGGAGGACAGCUAUGGACAAGAGUGGACCUAUGAGCAGCGGAAGGUGGUGGAGUUCACAUGCCACACGGCCUUCUUUGCCAGCAUCGUGGUGGUGCAGUGGGCUGACCUCAUCAUUUGCAAGACUCGCCGCAACUCAGUCUUCCAGCAGGGCAUGAAGAACAAGAUCCUGAUUUUUGGGCUCCUCGAAGAGACGGCCUUGGCCGCCUUUUUGUCUUACUGUCCGGGUAUGGGGGUGGCCCUCCGAAUGUACCCGCUCAAGGUCACUUGGUGGUUCUGUGCCUUUCCCUACAGUCUCCUCAUCUUCAUCUAUGAUGAAGUCCGGAAGCUCAUCCUAAGGCGGUACCCUGGGGGCUGGGUGGAGAAGGAGACGUACUACUGAGCUCACUGGAAAAAGGAAGAAUGGGAGAGAUGGGGUGCUCUGGAGGUGUUGCUGGGGUGCUGGAGGGAAGGGCUGGAAAAAACUGGGGUGGUAGUUUAGGGGGAGGUUUGGGGGAGACAGAAUGAGGUGACUGAGUGAACUGAGUUGACAGGCUUGGGUAAAUAAACUUGAGGUGACUGCUCCACAGGUCCAACUGUGAACCCUCAGACAGUGUAUUUUGGGGCCCCCUCCUCAGAUCCCUCUCGGCCCACUCUGCCAUGUUCUCUACUUUUCCCGAAGCACUGAGGGUUGCCUCUGCCCUCCCUAGGUCCCAGCCCUUUACCUCUCCCCUGUAUUAUUCAAACAGAUCAACACCCAAAGGUUAACCCUGUCUAAUCCAGAAGGAAAUCCUCUCCCACCACCAAGUGUCUCUGUCUCUGGCUUCAUUCCUCUUCCCACUCUUGGCUUCCUUAGCUUCCUACCUGAGUUCUCCCCCCCCCCCACCCCCCCAUCCCCGCCGCUCCCCCUCAGACCUUGAAAACACAAAAUUCUCCUUCUGUGAGUGUGAGCGCCUGAGGCCAGAAAGGGAAGCUGGUUGGGGAGGUUAGGACUGUCUCCCAGCCAAGGCCAGUUAGGAGCCUAGAGAGGAGAGCUGGUUUGGCAAGGAGAGAUUGGGACAUGCCGGCUGAAGGAGGAGACAGCAAAGGAAGGAAGGUAGGCAGUGACCACCAGUUUGCCACCUUGAGUCUCCAGGUGGGUGGGUGGGCUCUGGCUCUAUCUCCUGCCUUUAUAGACUGGCUCACAAGCGGAUCAAAUUCCCAUCUCAUCAGACUAGCCACAGGGGCAAGACCAGGAGGCAGUGUGCCACCAAGUGCCCCACUGACCCUGGGGUAGUGGUCCUCUCUGUCCACAAGGCUCAGGUGUCACAGAAGGUCCAGCUCUCUCAACCACAUGCUCUUGGGAACACCCACCUCUUCAGAAUAAUUUCUCAGGCAUCAUGCUGCUCUGAGACCCCAGUCAGCUGCCAGUCUGUCCCCCCACCCUACCCCCAUCCUGUCCCCGCUCUCCCACUCCCUUCCCCUUCAAGCCCAUCCUGCUGAACCCACAUCGUUUCCAGUAUUGCCUAGCUGGUCCUGGAAAAGGAUGUCCUGGCCAUCGGCAGGAAUAAUCAGCUUAGGUCAUGACACUGUCAGGAACUUUAGACACAAGAGAAAAAAUCUUAAGAGAAUCUGCUUUUGACCUCCCAGAUGGCAGAGCCACUGCUCCCAGGCAAGUGCCCACUUUCCUUGAGACAGGAAGCUGGCUUCAGGUUCCUGUGGAAUAGAGUUGUCUUCCCUUACUCCCUUCUGACCUGACAUUUUUGCUGUGCGGACAGCUGUGCAGACUCUAAGCCUGGCCUAGAAAGCAUUACAUACCUGAACUUAGAUGAAGGAGCCAAGCAAGUGAGAGACAGCAGGGAAACUGGAAGGCCUAGGGUGGAAACCAGAAGGACAAGACAAGCGUUAGGCCGGGCCCAAAGGCCUCCCAAGGGCUACUGUCUCAUCGCAGUGGAGUUUUGCUUUAUCAUAAGUACCUUGAAAUUCAAAAGCCGUGGCCUUGGUUUGGAAGUCUAAAUAGGACACCAUAUUUAUUUGGGCUUGAUUAAUUUGAGAUCAUUGACUUUGAACAAAAGUUUACCUUUGCACAAUCAAUAAAGAAGUCAUUUGGUCAGUAAAUUAAGGGCAUAAACAAUAUUGCUAGGAGUGGUAUAUUUAGUCUGCCUCAAAGUAUGCUUUUCAGGCACUUUAGAAAUCUCUCUCCCUUUAGAAUCAGCAAGUGCAUAGGCUAAUUAUCAUCAGUCCUGAUAUAUUUGUUAAAGGAACAUCUACAAGAUCCUUAUUGGUGACCUUCUGUAAGACUUUAGCUUGAGGUACUACAUAUGUACUUGAAGAUAAUAAAGUUUCAUUUCUUUAUGAGAAAAGAGAAAUGA